UGUCAGAUCGUUCUCCCCUACUUGUUGCCCAUCUUGACAAAAUUCUGUUCUGUCAUUUCGUCUUCAAGACCUUCUCUCCUUUUGGUUGGUAAAACUACUUAUACCUCAAACCUCGCCGCCGGUGGAAAAAAACGAUGGAGCCUGCCCUGAGAGCAAACCAAUCAUCGAUUCUUAGCGAAAUCGAACGUAUGCCAGAAGCUCCACGUCAGCGCAUCUCUCAUCAUCGUCGAGCUCGCUCCGACACUUUCUUCUCCGGCGAAUCACUCGACGAUCUCCUCCUUUUCGAUCCUUCCGAUGUUGAUUUCUCUUCUCUCGAUUUCCUCAACGCUCCAACACCUCAACCACAACCACAACCACGACCGUCUCCGAUGUCCGUUGAUUCUCCACCCGAAGAAACCUCAUCCAACAGUGUUCCGCCGAUUCCUCUUCCUCCUGGCCGGCACGUUCGAAGCUUCUCAGUUGAUUCCGAAUCUGAUUUCUUCGACGAUCUAACAGCCACCGAGGAUAAUCAAAUCGCUCGACCUACAAGCUCCGGUGGGAGGAAAGAUGGUCAUCAGCGGAGUAAUUCGAUGGAUGGAGCUACAAGCUCGGGUUCGUUUAACAUAGAUUCGAUUCUUGCCGCCGUUAAUUGCAAAGACGGUGCUAAGAUUAACAUGGGUAUGGCUAGUGACAGACUCGCCGAGCUUGCGUUGCUUGAUCCCAAAAGAGCUAAACGGAUUCUAGCAAAUAGACAAUCUGCGGCGAGGUCAAAAGAGAGGAAGAUUAGGUAUACUGGUGAGCUGGAGAGGAAAGUACAGACACUUCAGAAUGAAGCAACUACACUUUCUGCUCAAGUCACUAUAUUGCAGAGAGGAACAUCAGACCUGACCACUGAAAACAAACACCUCAAAAUGCGGUUGCAAGCAUUAGAGCAACAAGCUGAACUUAGGGAUGCUUUGAAUGAAGCACUGCGGGGAGAACUGAACCGACUCAAGAUAGCCGCUGGAGAAAUUCCUCAAGGGGAUGGAUAUUCAUACACCAAGCGCGGGCAAUUCUCAUCUCAGCAGUCGACAAAUGGGCAGCCAUCGAGCUUCAUGGAUUUCACCAAGAGAGGCUAAGUUCCGAAUCUUAGCUUAGUUACCACUACCGUAUUCUCAUUUGGGAUGCAAAAUUGGAUGUGUGUACAUAAUUAUGAUCUGUGUUAGUAGUUUGAAUGUGCGUCUAUGGAGUGGUAUUUUCAUGUCAAUACACGGUUAUUCUAUUUUGAGAGUAGUAACCACUGUAAUAUUCAGAAAUCUUUAUAGCAAACAUAUUUAC